ACAGCUCUUGUUCUAACAAUGUACUGUCCUUUUCUUCAACUAUGAUAUAUGCAGCAAUGGAUGGGUCUCGAACUGCUUCAGAUUUGGUGUCAAUAUUACUCUACAGCUUUGAGAACAAUAAGUUGCUAUGGAUAAACAAUAUGACUGCACUCUCUAUUGCCUCACCUUCAGAUGAUGAUGAUGAUGAACAGAGCAUAAAUAUGGCUUUAUUGAUUGGGCUCUUUGUAGCAGGUUUUGUUGCUUCUUUUGUUAUUGUUCUCCCAAUAAAUGCAAUGGUGUGUUUUUGGGCCAAAAAACACUACAAGAGUUCUUCUCAUAAUGACAGCAAUAUUGAAGGAAAUACAGUUAGAUAUGAUAAUAAUAAAGAAUUCCCACAGGUUAUUCUGAAAUCCAAGCCUCAGCCAAAGCUGUCAACUGUGGUAAUGUCUAAGCCACAGUCUCAUGCACCUUCUGUGCUGAUUAAGCAAAGGCAACAAAAAAGUUACGAAGAAGAAAAUCAUGACUAUGUGGGAGAGCAGCUAGACUAUGAGGAGUUUGAUGUAGAGCAACAAGAGAUAUAUGAAGAAGUUAAUUAAAGUUUUGCUGUUUAGAUAGUUUAGGACAUUUUUAUGUAUAUUUGACUUUGUUAUUGUACUUAUGUGUAUGCUUUAUUAAAAUACUCUUUGCUGCAUUGUUAAAGGAA